CUUGGUACGCACGGUAUGCGGAUUUGUUCGACAAAGAUGCCGAAAAACUCGACGAUGCUGCGAAAGUCCGAUUGCUGAUGAGGAAAUUGAAUCCAGCAGCGCAUGAACGGAUCGACCUUCCAAGCCUAAACACAAACAAGGUGCCGGGGGGAAAGUGAACUACAAUCAACCGAAAACCCCAUGUUGGUCAUGUGGGGGAAUGCAUUUUUCUGCCGAUUGCUCAUUCCGUGAACAUCAGUGUCGCGAGUGCAAGAAAAAAGGACAUAAAGAAGGAUAUUGUGCCUGUUUUUCAACUGGAAAUACCAGCGGCAGUAAAAACAAGAAGAAAAAGUACAGUUCUAAGCACAGCAAGGAUGUGAAUAUUGUGUCAGUGAAGAACAUCAGUCAGCGGAGGAAGUACGUGGAAAUCUAUAUCAACGAUGUUCCGGUUCGGUUGCAGUUUGAUUCAGCGUCGGACAUAACAAUUAUCUCCGACAAAUUGUGGCGAAAAAUCGGACAACCUCAAGGAAUUCCACCGUCAUGCAACGCCAAAUCUGCUUCAGGGGAAUCACUUGAUCUCGCCCGGGAAUUUUUGUGCAAUGUAAACAUCAGUGACAAAACGAAGAGAUGUUUGUGUCGUGUUGCUUCACCCAAUCUGGAGUUAAAUAUUCUUGGCUCUGACUGGAUUGAGCUUUUCGGAUUAUGGGACGUGCCUAUCAGUUCGUUUUGUAACAAGAUCAGUGGUGAACAAACACGUACCCAAAAUACUCUGCAAGUUCAGUUCCCAAAAGUGUUUUCAAACGAAAUGGGACUUUGCACAAAAACAAAAGUGCGAUUGACGCUGAAAGGAGAACCAAAACCAGUUUACCGACCAAAACGUCCAGUUUCAUACAGUGUACAAGGUGCGGUAGAAGAUGAACUUCAUCGAUUGCAGAAUUUGGGAAUCCUCAAACCAAUCAAUCAUUCAGAUUGGGCAGCUCCGAUCGUCGUAGUGCGGAAACCGAACGGUAAGGUUCGCAUUUGUGCUGAUUUUUCGACGGGUCUCAACGAUGUUUUGGAGUCGAAUCAGUGUCCGCUUCCUUUGCCAGAAGACAUUUUCACCAAGAUGGCCGGAUGCAAGUUUUUCAGUCACAUCGACCUGUCGGACGCGUAUCUACAAGUGGAAGUGGAUCCCCGAGAUCAGCAUCUGCUAACAGUCAACACCCACAAGGGACUUUUCCGCUAUACACGCCUCACACCUGGUAUCAAAUCAGCUCCGGGUGCAUUCCAGCAGAUCAUGGACGCAGUGUUGAGUGGUAUCGAAAAGACCUCUGGUUAUUUGGAUGACGUGUUAGUGGGUGGUCGCACCAAAGAAGAACACGACUACAAUCUGAAACAAGUGCUUCAACGGUUAGAACAGUACGUCGAGAAGUGCCAUUUCAACAUGGAACAAGUGGAAUACUUGGGGCAAAUUCUGGAUGGUGAUGGAAUCAGACCCGAUCCGAAUAAGACAGCAGCUAUCGCCACCAUGCCACCGCCUCGAUCAUUCAAUCGGUUCCGAGAAAUCCUGCAGUCACCGUUAACACUUUCGCACUACAAUCCAAACUUGGAAAUCAUAGUGUCGGCGGAUGCGUCAAAUUACGGAAUCGGUGCGCGCAUUGCCCACAAGCUACCAGAUGGAUCAGUGAAACCGAUAUCCUAUGCGUCGAGAAGUCUUACACCAGCCGAGUCCAACUACAGCCAAAUCGAGAAGGAAGGACUCGCACUGAUUUUCGCCGUAACCCGGUUCCACCGUAUGAUUUUUGGACGACAGUUUAUACUGGAAACGGAUCACAAGCCUUUACUAGCUAUUUUUGGUUCCAAGAAAGGCAUUCCAGUAUAUACAGCCAACAGACUACAGCGAUGGGCAUUAACGCUGCUACUGUACGAUUUCAACAUCAAAUACGUGAGUACGGAAAGUUUUGGUUAUGUUGAUAUCCUUUCUCGCCUGAUCAACACUCACGUCCGUCCGAAUGAAGAAUAUGUCAUCGCAUCGAUUGAACUGGAAGACACCAUGGAAGACAUCGUCAAGCAAUCAGUGGAAGCUCUGCCAGUCACGUUCAAGAUGAUUCAAGCAGGAACACAGUCGGAUGCAGUAUUGAAGCAGGUUAAGCAGUUCGUUCAAAUAGUAUCCCGCAUAAUAUAA